AACCGAUUUUUCUGUACUCAUACCAUUCCACGUCAUUUUCAACCACAGAAAGUGUUCGGAACUUCCAAAAUUUUGGAACCAAAUAUCAACAUUCCCGGCCCGUUUCAAGAUUUCCAAACUUCCUCUAAUCUAUAUCGCACGCACCAUGAACCGAAACAACGAAGUGUCUGAGCUGAUCGAUGUAGAGAACGCAUUCUACAUCGGCAACUACCAGACGUGCAUCAAUGAGUGUAACAAAAUAUCCAAAGCCUCACUGGAGAAGGACAUCUUCAUGUACCGGUCGUACAUCGCGCAGCACAAGUACCGCGUGGUGCUGGACGAGAUCAAACCGUCAAACGACACGCCACUCCUUGCCCUGCGCUACCUGGCCGAGUACAUGUCCAACAGCGCGCGGAAGGAAGCCAUCGUGUCGAUCUUUGAUGAAAAAUUCCAGGGCGACAUCAACGAGCUGCACGUUGUGUGGAUUAUCGUCGGCGCAAUCAUUUACUGCAACGAGGAAACCUACGAAACGGCUAUGAAGGUUCUGGUGGGAAACUUCAACCUAGAGUGUCUGUCCCUGCACAUGCACUGUCUGCUGAAAAUGUCCCGUGUAGAUCUAGCGAAGCAGGUCGCAACCACGAUGCAGGAAAAGGACGACGAUGCCACCCUUACGCAGCUGUCCCAGGCAUGGCUAAACAUUCAAAUCGGCGGUGAAAAGCUGCAGGAUGCUUUCUUCAUCUUCCAAGAUCUGUGCGACAAGUUUUCCCCCACACUGCUGCUGCUGAACGGGCAGGCCGUGUGCUACAUCGGCCAGCAGAAGUACGACGAUGCGGAGCAGGUGCUGCGCGAAUGCUUAAACCGCGACCCGAACAACUACGACACGCUGAUCAAUCUGCUCGCCCUGUCCCAGCAGCGGGACAAAAGCAGCAGCCAGUUUAGCCGCUACCUGGCUCAGAUACUGGACGACCACAAGGGAAGCAGCCUGGUGGCGGCGUACAACAAGCGGCAGGCCGAGUUCGACCGUCUCGUGCUACAGUUUGGUCCGUCGAACAGCAAACCAAUCGACGAGAUAGUUGCGUAAGGUAGUGAAAGUGUGCUCUCCCCUGUGUGCUGCGUAUGUUUAAAUGUAUUCCAUAAACUUUUUAAUUGCAAAAUA